AGACGUCAAAUUGAACAUCCAUUCCGGUAUCCAGUCCGGGUCUUCAGAGUCGCCGCAAGGGGGCAGGAGUGGGUAGAACCUGGAUUGGCUGGAGAAGCGUGGCGAACCGAAGGGAUUUCUGACUGCCGAGCGGCGCUUGCCGUAGAACGCGAGCCGCUGAGUUUGUGGCAAGAUGCUCUCCUGCUACUGAGCGUGUAGCCUACCAGCUAACGAGAUUGCGCGAACGGAACGUCUUGCAAAAAUAUAUAAAAGCAAACCAUGAACUUAACAUGACCAAGAUACCACUCCUGCAGUUUGUUCUAUCUGUUGCCUAAUAAAACGAACCUUUCACACGGAGUCUACUUUUUGUUGUGUUUUUUCUCUCUCUUCAAAGAGGAAUUAGCCGUAUGCUUGCUAGAGGGCGGUGGCAUUUCGUUCUACAUUACAUAGCUGGCUAAGCAAGUGCUUUGACACAAGUCCUGGGACCCCUUUAACCUGUUCUCAUUUUUUUUUUCUUUUCCCAUUUUCGCUGUUUUCCCCCCACCCAUCAUCACAACUCCCCAGAAAUUUACCAGGAAACAACAACUACAGGCGACUGCUUCGACUUCAAAAUUGUUUGGACGCCUUCCUGUCAUUUCAAAGAACCGCGGAUAUUCCUCGCCGAGGAGUUUGUUUGUUUCUUCGUAGAAUGGGGAAAAGUGAACAGUUUGCGAGAACACGAAUUGGACUCGCGGGAUACUUACUGCAAAUGUGCACCGUACCUGGGUUCCUGCUGCUGGUGCUCUUCAACGCCGGAGCCGCGCAAGUGGACGAUGACUUCCUGGCCCUGGGGGAGCUGCCCGAGACGUUCCCCUCGGACCCCCCCGAGCCCCUGCCGCACUUCCUGAUGGAGCCGGAGGAGGCGUACAUCGUGAAGAACAAGCCCGUCAACCUGUACUGCAAGGCCACGCCCGCCACGCAGAUCUACUUCAAGUGCAACAGCGAGUGGGUGCACCAGAAGGACCACACCGUGGAGGAGCGCGUGGACGAGACCUCAGGUCUGGUGGUGCGGGAGGCCAGCAUCGAGAUCACGCGGCAGCAGGUGGAGGAGCUGUUCGGCCCGGAGGACUUCUGGUGCCAGUGCGUGGCCUGGAGCUCUGCCGGCACCACCAAGAGCCGCAAGGCCCACGUCCGCAUCGCCUACCUCAGGAAAACAUUUGACCAGGAGCCGCUGGGGAAGGAGGUGUCUCUGGAACAGGAAGUGCUUCUGCAGUGCCGUCCGCCUGAGGGGAUCCCCGCCGCUGAGGUGGAGUGGCUGAAGAACGAGGAGAUCAUCGACCCGGCGGACGACCGCAACUUCUACAUCACCAUCGACCACAACCUGAUCAUCAAGCAGGCGCGGCUGUCCGACACCGCCAACUACACCUGCGUGGCCAAGAACAUCGUGGCCAAGCGGCGGAGCACCACCGCGACUGUCAUCGUUUACGUGAACGGCGGCUGGUCCACCUGGACGGAGUGGUCCGUGUGCAACAGCCGAUGUGGGCGGGGCUAUCAGAAGCGCACGCGCAGCUGCACCAACCCCGCCCCGCUCAACGGGGGCGCCUUCUGCGAAGGCCAGGCCAUCCAGAAGCUGGCCUGCACCUCCCUGUGCACAGUGGAUGGGGUCUGGACAGAGUGGAGUAAGUGGUCCACCUGCGGGACGGAGUGCACGCACUGGAGGCGGAGAGAGUGCAACGCCCCCGCCCCCAAAAACGGGGGGAGGGACUGUGACGGCAUGGUGCUCCAGUCUAAGAACUGCACGGACGGGCUGUGCAUGCAGACCGCGCCCAGCACGGACGACGUGGCGCUGUACGUGGGCGUCGUCAUCGCCGUCAUCAUGUGCCUGGUCAUCUCCGUCAUCGUGGCGCUCUUCGUCUACCGCAAGACCCACCGCGACUUCGACUCCGACAUCAUCGACUCCUCCGCCCUCAACGGCGGCUUCCAGUCGGUCAACAUCAAGACCGCUCGGUCAGCGGACCUCCUGACCGCACCCCCGGACCUCACCUCGGCUGCCGCCAUGUACCGCGGUCCCGUCUACGCCCUCCACGACGUUUCGGACAAGAUCCCCAUGACCAACUCGCCCCUCCUGGACCCGCUGCCCAACCUGAAGAUCAAGGUGUACAACUCCUCGGGCCUGGCCACGCCCCAGGAGGACCCCGGCGAUUUCGGCUCCAAGCUCUCGCCCAAGGUCACGCACUCCCUGCUGGACGGCGAGACCAUGAACCUGCGCAGCCAGAGCCUGGCUCGAACCCGCGACCCCUCCUGCACCGCCUUCGGCUCCUUCAACUCCCUGGGGGGGCACCUCAUCGUGCCCAACUCCGGCGUGAGCUUGCUGGUCCCGGCGGGGGCCGUCCCGCAGGGGAGGGUGUAUGAGAUGUACGUGACGGUGCACAGGAAGGACAACAUGAGGCCCCCCGUGGAGGACGUGCAGACUGUCCUGAGUCCGGUGGUGAGCUGCGGCCCCCCCGGAGCCCUGCUGACCCGCCCCGUCAUCAUCACCAUGCACCACUGCGCCGAGGCCGACAGCGAAGACUGGCAGAUCCAGCUGAGGAACCAAUCACAGCAGGGCCUGUGGGAGGACGUGGUGGUGGUGGGGGAGAACUUUACCACGCCCUGCUCGUCCAGCUGACCGGGGGCGUGCGCCGUGCUGCGGACGCUGGGAGUACUGCCUGGUGGCCAGUCGUCACAAAAGAGAGUCUGAAAUCGGUUGUCGAUCUGACCUCUGUUCAGUCCAACAUCCCUGAGGAGCUGGUCACAUCAGGCUGCGCUGCUGCUUCAUUCGCUCAAAGCGUUUUGUUUUUUUAUGUUGUCCUCCUGCGACUCUCAGGAGGUUCUGCAGAUGGAGAAGCAGAUGGGGGGGAAGCUUCUGGAUGAACCAAAGACGCUGAAUUUCAAGGACAGCAGCCACAACCUCCGGCUCUCCGUCCACGACGUCCCACACACCCUGUGGAAGAGCAAGCUGCUGGCCAAGUACCAGGAGAUCCCGUUCUACCAGGUGUGGAGCAGCUCCCAGCGCACCCUGCACUGCACCUUCACGCUGGAGCGCUUCAGCUGCAGCACGGCCGAGCUCACCUGCAAGCUGUGCGUGCGGCAGGUGGAGGGGGAGGGGCAGAUAUUCCAGCUCAACAGCACUCUGUCCGAGGACACUCAGAGCAUCGACACCUCGCUGAUGGACCCGGCCAGCAGCAUCACCACGCUGGUGGGACCCAACGCCUUCCGCAUCCCGCUGUCCAUCCGCCAGAAGCUGUGCGGAAGCCUGGACGCCCCGCAGACGCGCGGAAACGACUGGAGGAUGCUGGCUCACAAACUCAACCUGGACAGGUACCUCAACUACUUUGCCACCAAGUCGAGCCCGACCGGUGUGAUCCUGGACCUGUGGGAGGCCCAGCACUUCCCCGACGGCAACCUGAACCGGCUGGCCGCCGUGCUGGAGGAGAUGGGUCGCCAUGACAACACCGUGCCCACCAUGACGGAACACUGACGGCCCCCGGCCCCGCCCCCUGGACCCGCGCAGGGGGGCCCCUCUCCAGGGGAGGGGGGGGUGGCACGGCGAACCGGCUCGCAGACUGCAGUCACACCCCCACCCCCCCCGAGAGAGUACGUUAAUGACUUUGAAGAGGAAAACAAAAAUUUAAUAAUUAGACAAUUGUGUGUGAUCUUUUCAUGAGUGGGGCUACUGCCUACUCUUGUUUUUUAAAUAAAAAACAGCAAAGACAACAAAAACGAAAACAUUAAAAAAAAAACCCCCAGACUACGAUACAAAAACAAACAAACAAACAAAAAAAAAGAGGAUCUUCUCGUUAGCCUUACCUGUACGUUCCUUGGUACAGUUCUUGUUUUUCUUUAUACAGUUUCCUAGGAAACGCCUUAUACUGCCGUCCAUAUUAUGUGGAUGACCUCCUACUCCGGACAUUACUGCACGUAGGAUACUCAGUAACAGGGAAAGGG